AUGGAAUUCAACCUGCAUGACAUUGAUAAGAACACUUCCCACUAUGAUGUGGUCAAAGCGAUUGAGAAAGUUCUACAUGAUCCUGACCUAUAUAACCCCACGAAUCGAUCGAACAGAGGGCGCCCACCUAAUUUUCAUGUUUAUCUUCCUCCAGGCACGCACGACGACGAUGGGAACCUUGGCUCCGGUACGCUGGUGGUAACGUCUUGGAUUGGUACCCGACUGUUGCGCUGGUUGAACGAGGGGCACAAGAUUCGCAUCCUCGACAAAGAUAUCGCGACACAGAAGUCUUCACGUAUAGUCCCCUUCCGGACUGCGCAGAUCUUGGAGAGAACACCCUAUGUGGAUCCCGAGCGCGAGCGUAUGCGAAAGGAGAUUCUACAGGAGCUCGAUCAUCGUCUACAGCUACAUCAAGUUCAAUUCGGAGUGUGGCACGCUCACACGCCUCGGUCUUCUCAUCUACCUCUGAGAGCCUUCUCAGUAGAGUAUGGGCUCGAUUUUACCAAGAAAAAGGUUUGUUAUCUCAAGCUCGAGUAUGACAAGAAGUUGAUCCGCAUAGAAUACGGUGGCCUUCAAAAUCAGCCCUAUAACAUCGUGAUCAGAUUCUCUAACGUUCGCAAACUCGAGACCGUUGUCGAUACUGGGAAAGCUUAUAUAUAUGUGGAUAUGCUGGUCCCUCCCGCCCUGGAAUUCCGAGACGGCGCAGGUCAAAAUGGUCAACGCCGGCCGUACAAAGAUCGAGACCGUAUUCCUGCGUUGAAUAUCGUGCACGCUCGAGUCGCUCCUUACGCAUACCAGCUACGAAUUUGUUUGCACGAUAUCGAAGACUUACCCCGCUUCCGGCAGCUUUGUAGGGAUGCUAGAGGUCCUCGUCCCGAGCCAGUGCCGAGGAUCUUCGUGUUCUGGCGAGGUUUUUACUCAGGAGGCCAGCUUUCCAAGAUAGACAAUUGGGUGAGAUCUAUGGAAUGGAAGAAUGCGUUCCAGAUCGAGGCGCUCCUUCGACAUGGUCUCCUCAAUCCCGGAGAACUUCUUUACGAACUCCGUGAUCCCAUUGACCGUGUCUGCCAACAAUAUGGCAAGGGCGCAAGCGAAAUACUACGCAGGCUCACUGUCUCGCUGCGGAGGAUUCGUUCAGCCAAACUGACUGAAAUCUUUGAAAGGGUCUGUGCCGAAUACGAGGAUGCGAAGCCGUUUACAUAUCCUCCCGGUGCAUUUCUAUGUCACCAUGUCACUAUCACGCCCACUCGUCUGAUUCUCGAAGGACCGUACGUAACCCAAUCCAAUCGUGUCAUUCGGCACUACCAGGACCACGAUCCUGACCUGGUCGAGAAUUUUAUUCGAGUCGAUUUCCGCGAGGAGGAUAGGACAUCUUAUAGGUGGGCAGAGAAUGUUGAUGGCACAUGGUUUCUCAAGGAGCGUGUCGGCGGUACUCUCAAAGGCGGGUUCGAACUUGCUGGACGAACCUUUCAAUACCUCGCGCACUCGAAUUCUUCACUUCGGGACCAUGCUGCGUGGUUCAUGUCCCCAUUUAUGGAUCCUGAAGAGGGCGUCGUCGCUGCGGGCAGGAUACGUCAAAGGUUGGGGGACUUCACUAGCAUCCUCAAUCAACCCUCGAAAUACGCAGCUCGUAUGGCGCAGGCAUUCACUUCGACGGACUCAUCUGUCAAAAUUCGAAGGGAUCAGUGGGAAGAGAUGCCUGACCUUGGCCCGGAGAAAUACUUGCAUACCGAUGGUGUGGGGACCAUUUCAAGAGAGCUCAGCGACAUGAUCUGGUAUACGCUCCGCAAGAACAAACGUGACAAUAGGAUCAACUGUGUCGAACCUUCCGCGUAUCAAAUCCGAUUCUUGGGCUAUAAAGGUGUUGUGGUCGUAGACGAACGACUGACGGGGGUCAAGAUGCGUCUUCGCCCCUCGAUGAAGAAAUUUCUUGUGCAUGAAGACGACGAAGCAGACAUCGAAAUCGCAAGAGCUUUCGAUCAUCCGAAUGCAAGCUAUCUGAACAGACCCGUGAUAAUGGUAUUAGAGGAUAGAGGAGUUCACAAAAACACCUUCAUGGAUCUCCAGGAAAAAUCGAAGGCUUCUAUAUACAUGGCGAUGGAUUCACUGGAUAACUUUUGCACCCUUUUGACGGAUCAUGGUUUGGGGUCAAGUUUUUCUCUAUCAUUCAUAUUCGAACAGCUGAGCAAGCUCAAACUCGAUACGAGGCCGGGAAAGCGAAAUAUAUUAACGACGACCCCCUUUCUCGGUCGUCUGGGUGUUUACUCCAUGUACCACGUCCUUCGAGACAUAAAGUAUCGCGCACGCAUUCGGGUGCCGAACGGUCAUCUUCUCGUUGGGGUUGCAGACGAAGGCAACAGUUAUAUCAACGAAGGGGUUGAUCCCGACGAAGUUUUUACUUUGAAGGAAGGCCAGAUAUUCGCUUGCGUUCAAGAAUCGGCGCAGCAUGAGCCCCGAUGGUUGAAGGGGUAUUGUGUAAUAUCGAGGAGUCCAGUCGUACAUCCCGGCGAUGUCAAGAGAGUGUGGGCAGUCGGGAAGCCCCCCGAAGACAAACUAUGCUUUUUCAGAAACUUGAAAAAUGUAGUCGUCUUCCCUACAAGCGGCAAUCGAUCUUUGGCCUCUUGCCUAGGUGGUGGCGACCUGGAUGGCGAUCUGUUCGAUGUCUAUGCACAAAAUCCGAAAUUGCUUCCCACUCUCGAAUGUGAGCCGGCUGAGUACGAUCCGGGCGAAAUCCGCAAGGUCGAGUGGGAUAGUACGGUAGAAGACAUCUGUGACUUCUUCGUCGAAUACAUAAACUCCGACGUCUUAGGCCUCCUGUCCGACAGGCACCUGACCAUCGCUGAUCAAUCUGGAAAAGGAACUUUUGACCCGCAUUGCAUGCGUCUUGCCGGGUUGUGUUCGCAGGCCGUCGAUUACGCCAAGAAUGGGGUGCCCGUCGAUCUCAAGAACAACAGGCUCCCUCGAAUGCUCAUCCCGUUCAAGCCAGAUUGGAAGCAGAAAGGCUCCGGUUCGCGAAGUGCCGAUUUCUACGAGUCAGAUCGUGCAUUGGGGCAUCUGUUCCGCGGCGUCGACUUGCUUGACCCAAAUGCUUCGCUCAGGAUCGUCGCCGUGCCCAUGAAUAUAGGGAGUCCACUUUCCGAUCCUGUGUCCCUCGGCCUCAUCCCGCUUGUGAGGCGCACGCUUGGCGACCAAUACACUCACUCGAAUGGCAAGAGCGCCACGGCCGCCACGCUGUUCGCUCAGUACUCCCGCGAGCUGCAGUACAUCCGUGUAACGCACACGCUGAGUGAGAAUCCUGACAUCGAACUGACUGAGGAAGAAAUCGUCGUGGGCACAAUCAUCGCGAACUGUACAGACAUGCGCUGGCAUAGGGAACGCAAGUUUCGCAUGCGGCAGCACGUGGACAUGCUCGUUGCCGAGACUCGGCAGCGCCUGAUGCCAGCGGCCUCAAAUCCAGAUGCGACAGAGGACGAGGAUCAGUCAAGGUUAAAGGUAUCGCUGCAGGAUGCUUGGGAGGCGUGGGCGUGGAGUUUGAGGUAUGUAAACCAGGAAGGGUCAAGCAGCUUUGGUUUGAUCGCGUUAGGAGUUAUUUUCGAUGCUUUGAAGCGACUCGGAGCUCUGUCGGGGUGA